AUGCAAGUCGCCACGCAUUGCGGUGCAGUGCGGUUCACAUGCCACCGGCUCACAUGCCGUCACGCGGAGCCGACGCUAGCGUCGCUUCCCUGGAGCCAGAAUAGAAGCCGAAACCCUAGAAUUAGUCGCUUCCGGAUCACUCGCGCUCGAAGCUAUCAAUCGCCUACACGUGUCCCUUCGCGACUCUUCAGCGACGGGCGACUUCCCUUUCGUCUCGAAGUCGUCAAUGUCGUCCCCAUCGCCGCCGUCGUUGAGCGUCGCAUAAGCGAUGUCGCAAGGCGACGAGCGAUUCACAGAACCGCCGUGCACGCCGCAACUGAUGCGCGUGUCGCCGCUACUACCCGUGUCACCCCCCAUGCCGCCUUUACGGGUGCCACCGCCACGCGUGGCGCCGCUUUAGCGCGCAUCGACUCUUUCUGCUUCCCCCUCCCACUCUCGCCGUCACUUUUCGUCCGUCGUCAUGCCGCGCCUCCUCUCCGUGCCACUGAAUCCGCCGCUAUUUCCGCCGUUGAAGGCUCCAGCAACGCAGACGGAACAGCUGCUUCCUCCCCGCCUUCCCCCUCACCCUCCCCCGCAUCCUCCCCCUCAUCCUCCGCCGACGCUUCCGACUCUUCCGCGUCUUCCGCCGCCCCGGCUUCCGCGCCUCCCCAGAGCAAGCGACAGUUCGCCAUCGGCGCGCUACAGCAGCUGCCUGCCGUGUCGCCCGCUGCGGAGAUUAUCGGCACGGCGCUUCGACGCGCCAAGCACGAGAUCAGCGGUCCUCUGGGGCGCUACGUGCGCCUCUUCCCCCGGCGCUCUCACCUGCACCCCUUUGAGCGCUGCCUGGUGGAGCUCACCCUUGGAGAAGGGGUGUACGAGGAGGUGCUCUCUCGAGUGGACGCCCUGCGCAAGAGGGUGCUGGACGUGGGCAAGAAUGCUGCCAGCCUUGUCAACAAGGCGCUGCACAUGGGGGGGCACUGCGCAUGGGGGGGCACUGUGCAAGGGGGGCACUGCGCAUGGGGGGGCACUGUGCAUGGGGGGGCACUGCGCAUGGGGGGGCACUGCGCAUGGGGGGGCACUGUGCAAGGGGGGCACUGCGCAUGGGGGGGCACUGUGCAUGGGGGGGCACUGCGCAUGGGGGGGCACUGCACAUGGGGGGGAACUGCGCAUGGGGGGCACUGCGCAUGGGGGGGCACUGUGCAUGGGGGGGCACUGCGCAUGGGGGGGCACUGCACAUGGGAGGCACUGUGCAUGGGGGGGCACUGCGCAUGGGGGGGCACUGCACAUGGGGGGGCACUGCGCAUGGGGGGGCACUGCGCAUGGGGGGGCACUGCGCAUGGGGGGGCACUGCACAUGGGGGGGCACUGCGCAUGGGGGGGCACUGCGCGUACGAGCACCGUGAAGGAGGCGGAGCAGGCCACUGCACAGGGCAUGGCACAGGUGGAGGAGCAACAGCCACUUCCCGUCCCGGCGCCCACUUUCCCUUGCUUGCUUUCCCUCUCUGCCCCGCCCCUCGCCCUGUGUCACCCCGAUCAGGGCAUGGCACAGGUGGAGGAGCUGUACACGCGCAACAGCCAUGUGGUGGAGCGACUCAAAGAGAUCACCAAGGCUCCGAGCCAUACCGGUGCUGCGAUGGGACCUGCCCACGCUGUGUUUGCUGUGCCUACCACCGCUGUUCUCCCUGCUCCCUUCCUUGCUCCGCUGCUUCCCUCCAUGCUCGCCCGUGUCUCAGAGGCUCCGAGCCAUACCGGUGGUGCGGCCGGACCUGCCAACGCUAGGCUCCGAGCCAUACCGGUGGUGCGGCCGGACCUGCCAACACUGUGCCUGGUGGGGGCGCCCAACGUGGGCAAGUCAUCCCUCGUGCGCGCCAUCUCCACUGGCAAGCCUGAGGUGUGCAACUACCCAUUCACCACGCGGGGCAUCAGCAUGGGGCACUUCUAUGUGGAUGGCCAGAAGCACCAGGUCGAGCAGCGCAACAGCAUAGAGCUUCUCACCAUAGCAGCUAUCACCCAUCUGCCCACUGCUGUGCUUUUCGUUCAUGACCCCUCGGAGGAGUGCGGUGUCAACCGGUUGAAGCAGUAUCAAUUGUACAGCGAGAUAAAGACAAGAUUUGCCGACCGCGUGUGGAUCGACGUGAUAUCCAAGUGCGACCUGCCUGCUGCUGCUCCCACGGAGGAGCCUCCAGGCGGCCAAUCAGAGGAAGCGGAUGGGGAUAGAAGAAGUGGUUCGGACAGGAGGGAUACCGCUGCGGUGCUGCUGGGUGAAGCCGAGGCAGUGCGGGAAGCACAUGGGGAGGAGAUCGCAGAAGUGGCAGUGAGAGCAGCAAGCGUGGCGGUGGCGUGGGAGGCGUACAAGGCUCACGGUGGACCGGCUGCGGCCCUGCGAGUGUCAACCGUGGCGGGUGUUGGUGUGGAGGAGUUGGUGCACGCCAUACAGGCCAUGCUGUGUGCGCCCUCCCUUGCAUCCGCUCACUCAUCCCCGCCUGCACUGCUCCUCACUCCUCCCACUGCCACACCUUCCCAAGCCCUGCCGCCAACUCAACCUAAGGAUACAGAAGGUUCCGCGAACCUUCAUGAAGAUGCUACAGGGCAAAGUGCCAAGCACAGUUUGAAGGCAUUGGAGGGAGAAAAUCAUACUGGCGGGCCGAGCAAAGCAGGGAAGAAGGGCAAAGGCAAUGACUUUUACUACCCCCCACUGCCCUCUCACAUGAUGAAAGGUACAUGA